AACCAAAACUUCUGCACGAUUCCACUCCGCCUUACUACAUGUAUCCCAGCCUCUCCGCCUUCACAUUUGUGCAGCGAAAGCAAUGCCUCCAAUGACACGAUGACCACAGCCAACUCAUCCGCGAUCGGCUCGCGGACUCCCCUCGGGGAGAACCCAUUCCAGCAUCUCAUCACCGCCUGUAACGAUGAUCCACUCCAAAUCCAACGACGCUACGAACAGCAGCGCGCAGACCGAAAUGCCCUCAAACGAGCCGAAAUGCUGUCUCCCGACUUCCGCGGGAUGAACGUCGACGAAAUGCUUGCCAAACUCGAAUUUGAACCUGGAUUCACCGACUGGCGGCAUUGCCUCACCUUCUGGGCUCGACCACCUACGGCAUUGAAAGCUCUGAUCCACGAGAUCCAGGAGAAGCUGGUGGCGGUCGUGCCGAACCUGUGGAUCAUGGAGCCUUCGCGACUGCACAUGACGACCAUGGAGGUUGCGCAUUCGUUGAGCAAGGAGGAAAUGGAGGCUGUCGUUAGAACGAUUGAGCCGAGUGUUGCUCAGAUUACUGACUACACUUUUGAGCAUCGGGCGAGGUUGGUGCGGCCGCUGGUGAAUUACGAUUCGCAAGGCCUAGCGCUUCAAUUUGUCCCGGCUGCCGGUCUGGACGAUGACUGGUAUACAUAUCUCCAUCUUCGCCGGGACGUGUGGGAUCAGGUGCAGGCUGCAGGUGUGACUGUGGGAAGUCGGUAUAUUGCGCCUUCGGCCCAUUUGACGAUUGCGAGGUUCAUUACUACGAAGGACUUUGAAACAGAUGAGGGUAAGGUGGAUCAUGGCAAAGUGCGGAAGCUGGCUGAGACAAUUGACGGGAUCAAUGAGUGGCUGCAAAGAGAGCAUUGGCCAAAGGAAAAUGGGAGCAAGGAUGGAGGGGAGUGGGUUGUAGGGACGGAGAAAGGGCUGGAGUUUCGAAAGGGCACGUUAUGGUAUGGCGGAGGAGAGUCGGUGCAUAUUGGCAAAGGCUUCUGAAGGCUGCUGAAUUACGCGUCAUUGAUAGAUAUAGAGAACAGACGUAGAUGGUAGAGGCAGUACAAGAGAUGUUACAUAUGAGUGGCAGCCUGCGCAUUCGUCAGCCUCGUCAG